CUCAUUCAAGUGCCAUCAUGGCGGGAGAUGCAGACAGACCGGCAGUGAUGACAGGGCAGACAGGAAGAAAGUUCACCAACUGGGCAGAGACAUUCUCCUGUGAGCCAGAGCUGUUCUUCGAGCCAACUACUACAGAGGAAAUAAGACAGAUCCUGGAAAAAGCCAGACGUCACAGCAAGCGUGUGAAGGUGUGUGGGUUUGGGCACUCCCCCUCGGACAUAGCCUGUACCACAGACUACAUGAUCAGUCUGGCCAAGUACAGACAGGUGUUGGAGGUUGAUGAGGAGAACUGUGUAGUGACAGUCCAGUCAGGAAUCCUGCUCAAGGAGCUGAAUGAAGAGGUGUUGCCAAAAUACAACAUGGCUCUCUCCAAUCAGGGAGCAGUGUCAGAGAUCUCUGCUGCAGGGGUCAUCUCCACUGGAACUCAUGGUACAGGCAAGACCUUUGGCAUCUUUGCAACACAUGUUCUGGAGAUGACCAUGAUGACAGCAUCAGGAGAAGUACUGAGGUUGUCUCGUGAGGAGAACAGAGACAUGUUCCUUACAGCAUUGGUGGGUCUGGGCUCCCUGGGAAUCAUCCUCACAGUCAAGAUCCAGUGUGAACCUGCUUUUAAUCUCCACCAGGUCCAGUUCAGCUGCUCACUCGAUAAGAUGCUCAGCACUUUAGACAAGCACCUGGAUGAGAAUGAACAUUUUAAGUUCAUGUGGUAUCCACAUACAGAUGGGGUGGUGGCAUUUCUUUCCAACAGAACAAAAAAGCCAGUGCAGACCAAUCCCAGCUGGUUUUGGGAUUAUUUUGUGGGCUACUAUUUGCUGGAGUUUCUCCUGUGGUUGAGCACAUUUUGUUCAGACCUCCUACCAUGUAUCAACAAGUUUUACUACAGCUACAUCUAUGCUGUACCGUCAGAGCGGGUGGAUCGCAGUGACAAAGUCUUCAACUUUGAAUGUCUUUUCAAGCAGUAUGUGACAGAGUGGUCUUUUCCAAGGAGUGAAACUGCAAAUGUGCUGCACACUUUACAAGACUGGGUCAAGUCCCACCCAGAACACAAAGUUCACUUCCCAGUGGAGGUUCGGUUUGUCCGAUCGGACGACAUCUACCUUAGCCCCUGCUACCAACAAGACAACUGUUACAUCAACAUCAUUUCUUACAGGCCGUAUGGAAAGGAUGCACCAAAGGAUGCCUGGUGGGACAUGUAUGAGAGCGUCAUGCACAAGGUUGGAGGGAAACCUCAUUGGGCAAAGGCUCACAAGGUGACACCUGAGCAGUUUCAGAAGCUGUACCCAAUGUUUUCCAAGUUCUGUGCCGUUCGGGAGCAGCUGGACCCACAGGGCAUGUUCCUGAACCCCUACCUGGAGCGCCACGUUCUCGGCAUGACCCCUCAGACACAGUUUGACGUUUGACAAAUCUAUAGGAAAAUAUCAUAGGUCAUGCACUGACCUUUACACGGAAUAUGGACAACUAAACUGUUUUCCAUGUUAUUGUAAAGAGUAUGCGAUACUGAAUGUCUUGAUUUAGUAGUAAGUUACUAAUGCACAACUGAACUGCAAGUUUGUGUUUAUUGAACUCCUAACUUUUAAAUCAGCUUAUCAGUUGUACCAAGUUUUAUCAUGUGCACAAAGGACAUAAAUAGAAAGUUGAAAUGCAAUAACAGGACAUAGAGGUCUUGGAUGAUGAGCACAUUAUUGUAUUACUAUUUUUGUACCAGGAAAUGCUAUUUUGUGCCAAAACUGUAUGAGAGUGCAUGAUAAUUAUCACAGUGAGUACAUACAGUUAUUUUUACUAAAACUAAUUGUCUUCCUCUGGUUAUUAUGAGUGGUAAGACUUAAUGAUACUAUUAAGUUGUUAUUUGUAGAGUAAAGAUGCAAAACUCAAUAUUGGAAAACAGUAACAGCACAAUGUAUUGAUUGAGUUUAUGAACAAAUAUUUAGAUAUUUAAGAAGUGGUUGCUGAGUACUUGAAGUAGAAAAUAGAUUAUGUUUUCAAAGUACAUUGGUCACUACAGUUUUGUGAAUGAUGUUGAAGUGAUAAAUUUUAGGUUUGGAAAGUUGAAGUGCAUGGCAUGCUUGUAAUAAUGCACUUGCUUUUGCCAUUGUGUUCCAACUUACAAUCAUUCCUGUAUGUAAAUUCUGUACUUUAGCAGGCUGUACAAGCCUGUACAAAUAAACUUGUGUAAACAAUUGAGUAAACAUGUCAGAAAUUAUCUUAUGAACAAGUACAUGUAACAUUAUAUGGAUCAAUCAAUAUGUUGAUGUAUUUCAUACACUAAGCAUCGUGUACAUAACGUUACAUGUACACAGUGUAUUUACAACACUGCUUCCAGAAUACAUGAUGUACAAUGCAUAUGUGGAGUAUUACAUGUAUGCGGCUAACAUUUCUUUCAUUAAAGCAGAUGGGAAGUGUGA